CCGAAGUACCGUACAUGUUUGGUCCUGGUACCUGCCCACCUAAGGUACUGUACCUGUUGCCAGACACCCUUGUUCACCCAAAUGCGGCGCAGCAACACAGCAAAGUCACUUCAUCAUACCAAAGCACACAGCCUUGUGCAUGAACAAUAACAAGCAACAUAUUGAAAAACGGCCCAGCUCCCUCGACUGCAUUCCAUCCUCUCAAAGCUUGUGAGACAUUGGUCAAGUGGGAUAAAACCAAGACUGCCGCUCAUCUACUGUAAAUACCACCAGCUCAGCUUGGCCUUCUGAAGAGCUUUGUUUGAGCUUUGUUUGUUUCUUUGGCUUGGUCCAAAAGCCACAGGUCAAAGCUGACUGCCGUUGAUCCCAUACAUCCUGCCUACACCCACAGCAGUUAGCUACUUACCUUACAUUAGUUGUCCACCUAGGUACUUUUCUGGCCUAAUCACCGCCCCGAGGCGCCAACGACGUGACUUCGUCACUCAGUCAAGGGGAACAAUGGAUGAUGAAACGUCUGGUCAGCGACGGAGGCGAGUUGGCAAUCCUCAAAGCCCCAUCGCCCAGUCCGCUUCGGCCGCAAACUCGCCUGUCCAUCCUUAUAUGCCGGGCCAGCCCAAGUCUCUUGCCGGCAUUGCUAUGCGCGCUUUCUGCCUGGGCUCCGUCUUUGCAGUUUCUGUCGUGUCUACCAUCCCCAUUCUGCUUCUGACCUCAAGCCCGCUAUGGCGCCUCCCCUUCUUUGUCGGUGCCCUGGCAACACACCACUUCCUCGAGUUUUGGACCACCGCAGCCUACAACACCCCAGCGGCCAAUGUCGACAGCUACCUCUUGACAGCCAACUGGCCCAUGCAGACCAUUGCAUACGCAUUCGCCGCACUCGAGUGUCUGCUGGUUUGCCUCGUGUCUCCGAGUCGCGCCUGGGCCCCACUACACACAGGCCCGCUGCUGCUCCUGCUGGGCCUCGUCCUCACGGCAGUCGGUCAGCUCGUCCGGUCUGCAGCCAUGAUCCAGGCGGGUCUAUCUUUUAAUCACAUUGUCCAGCAAGCUAGGGGUCCGCAGCACCACCUCGUCACGACCGGAAUUUACGCCAAACUCCGUCACCCAAGCUACUUUGGUUACUUCUACUGGGCUCUAGGUACACAGCUCGUGCUCGGAAAUCUCGUCAGCACAAUUGCGUAUAGUUUUGUCUUGUACCGUUUCUUUUCACGACGCAUUCGGCACGAAGAGGAAACCCUUGUGAGGUUCUUUGGAGAGGAGUACAACGAUUACAAGAGGACGGUUGGGACCAAGAUUCCUUUUAUACCAUGAGGAAAAGAGUUGGAUUUUGUACUUUGGCACUGCUUUCCGUGUUCCUAGUGUGGGCAGGUUCUUGCCUUUGUUUUCCCUGUCGGAGCUGGGUUUUCUUUCGUUGUUACAAGUCAAUCUAAAUCAACGAGCUCUGUGUUUCACGUAACAGUGACCACGUACGACCACAUGAGCCUUUGCCAUCGGCAUGAUCCAUGAUCAUACUGUGAUAUUUUCACAUUUUCACAGGCUGGAUUUAUCGAGCGUGAAAGAGUUUAUGUCUGACGAGGCCAAUAGCAAACUGUAUGAAAGAAAGCUGUAUCCGACGCACCCAAUCUCUAUAGAGAGGUCAAUCUGUCGCAAUUCGUCGCGCGGUGGAUUUGUGCGCACCGCGCCGCAUAGAAUUGUUGCUGCUCCUUCCCAAUUGACAGAUGAUAGGGUUAUAGGCUGAGGACAGCAGCCAGUUAGAAACAUCAAAGCAGCGAAUCAAGGUAUUCACUAUCGGCAAUGGAAUGAAACCCCCAUCGCGACUGGUCGCCAAUACAAAGUCUGAAGCAUUUAGCAGUCAUAGAUACUCUUGGAAAUCUUGACCAGAACCAGCCCGUCACUCUCCAUUCCCUUACCAUCGAGCAGGCGGAUGAUCCUAUACCCAGCCCUGAGCCUGUCGAGCCUGACGCAUGCCCAAGCUGCUAGAUCAUCUCUACCUAGCUCAUCGUCACGAACAGUGAACCUCAAAAAAGAGAGUUCCUCGACUACACCGUCAAUAGCGGAGAACCUUAGAAUUUCACCACCGUAGUCCGGGUCAACAGUUCCCUUGAUCGUCUUAGUACGAGCCUUGAACUCGCCUUCCUUCUCUCGACCAUUGUGUGGAACGGCAUCAGCGCCCCCAUGUCGUUCACCGGGCUCCUCCACGUGAAUUU